AUGGUUCUUUCUGCUCCUUCUGACUCCUCAAUUGUUGGAAUUGAUGAUAGAUUCAACCUCCCUCAAGUGAAUUUUGGUGAUUUCUCCAUUGAAAAUGCUCAAGAUUUCUUUUUGACUGAUCCUACUACUAUUGAUGAUCAAUUCGAUUAUCUUUUUAGUGAUCAACAAACUUCUCCUUCUUAUCUAUUUGCUAAUUUGAAAGAUGUGGAAGGUAUUCAAUUGGAUUUAGGGUCUGCUUUAUUCAAGCCUGCUGCCGAUGUAUUCAGACCUGUUAGUCCUUUUGAUUUUAACUUUGAUGAUUCUUCUUCUACUACUUCUAAGGCUAUUGAAGAAACUAUUAUUAUUUCACUGAAUGCCACUACUCCAGAAGUUAUUGAAAUUGAAUCUAUUAUUACUGUCUCUUCUACUUCAACUGAAACUACUACACCAGUACCUGUUACAACUGAUCCAAAUUUUGUCAGUGAUGAAACAUUUGAUGAAAUCAUGAAAGAACUUGAAUAUCCAACAAUGGAAAAGGUUGUUACUACUACUGCUUCUACUUCUACUUCUACUGCUGAUGUCUUUGCUCUUGCUACUACUGAUGAAAUUCCUUUAUCUAACUUUUUACCAAUUACACCACCUUGUGAACAUUCAAAGGCUAAAGUUACUAUUAAAAAGGAAACAUCUUCUAGAAAGAGAAAAGCUUCUGAUGAUUUUACUACUUCUGAAUCUCCUAAAUUAAAAUCUGUUAAAAGAGAAUCUUCUUCUGGACCAACAAUUAAUGCAACUACUGAAAUUAUUGAAUUGGAUUCUAAUGCUAUUCCAGUUUAUUCUGUUGCUGAUGUUGAACCAAGUUUAGAAUUUGAAUUAAUCAGAAGUUUGAAAUUUGUUCUGGAAAUGAAAGAAACUCCAAAAAUUACAAGAUGUUUCUAUAAUAGACCUAAUUUCCUUAAUGAAGUUCAUGAUCAUGAUCAUUCUUACGUUUAUACUCCAAAUACGAGAUUUAAUAAUAAUUGUUAUGAACCACAAUAUUUCCAAACUAAUACUGAUGAAUCUGGGAAACCAAUCUUAUCUACUAAAAAAGGAUUAUGUGGUUAUUGUAAGGAUAUUCAUUUCUAUGUCCUUAAGAAUUCCAAUUAUAAUUCUCAUUUGGCUAAUAUUCAUGGUAUAAAUUCUCAAGGUCUUUUAUAUCCUGAUCCAUUAUAUGGAGGCAUUUAUAAUUUUGCUAAAGGUGAAACUGGUAAUAAUUGUAAUACUGCUAAACAUUAUAAAUUUACUGAAAGAGAAAAACCAGCUGUUGUUUGUCCUGGUUGUUACAAUUUCUUUGAUUUUAAUGAUAAUUUUACAACUUAUUUGAGACAUUUCAGAUAUGUACAUACUCAUAAAUAA